CCAUUCGCAGUUUUUUUCAAUUGAAUCGCAUGCGCAUGCAACCGUGUCUGCAGUUAGGCUCUGAAGGAGAAAGAAGGAAACUCUCGGGAAAGCAAAAGCUGCUCAGACGCACGAGGAACCAGGAGAGUCGGUGUUGUUGGUGCGUAAUGGUGCGAGUCGGGUGUAAACCAGCACGUGAACAGACUGUGGCGCUGCAGCCGUACGGCGGGCCUGCUGCUCUGUGAAUUGCGCAAGGCGCAGCUGGAACGGAAUCGGAUGCGCUGGCACGCGGUCCAGCUGCUGCUGCUGCUGCUGUGAGACGAGAUGCCAGAGCGUGACGCUGCGCAUCCACAGUGCGCAGACGACUGCGUUAGGGGGAGACUUGCGCGCGCUUUGGAAGUAGUGAUUAGUGGAGCACGCAUGGCAUCGACCCAGCAGCAACUUCCGAGCGAGAAAAUCCUCUGGAGUUCUUGAAGGCAGAGAACGCAGACAUCAGGAACCCGCGCGCCCGCCGGACGCCCUUGAUGAUGUAAGGGCGCGUCGUCUGCGUGCUCAUUCCAGAAGUGCCAGCACUGCGGCGUCUUCUCUGAACAUGGGACCCUUCAAACUCUGAAGGAAGUUCAUUCCACUCAGACAGGAACAAGGGAAAAACAACAGAGGGGUGGAGAGUGAGAAUGGAGCCGACGACCUCAGAACAGUCUGCCUCGGUGGAUGAGCUGGUGGAAGGAUGCAUCCAAGCCUUCGACGACAAGGGCACUUUAAAGGACGACUCUUUGGUCCGCAUGUUCCUCAUGAUGCACCCUUGGUACAUCCCCUCCACUGAAAUGGCUAAAAAGCUUGUGCUCAAAUCUCAAGAGGAGACCUGCUCUUCAGAGCGCCGCACCAAGAUAUGUCACCUCAUCAAGUACUGGAUUUCUGAGUUUCCCGCAGAGUUCAAUCUGAACCCGGAGCUGGCAGACCAGAUCAAAGACUAUAAAGACCUCCUGACCACCAAAGGCAAUGAGAGUCAGAGUCAGCUCAUUGAUCUGGACAGUGUGCCAUCCUAUAAGUGGAAACGUCAAGUGACUCAACGUGUCCCGUCAGUGUCCAAAAAGAGAAAGAUGUCCCUCCUGUUUGACCACCUGGACUCCUGCGAGCUGGCCGAACACCUGACCUACUUGGAGUAUAAAUCCUUCUGCAAGAUCCUGUUCCAGGACUACCACAGCUUUGUGAUGCAUGGCUGCACCGUGGACAACCCUAUCCUGGAGCGCUUCAUCACGCUCUUCAACAGCGUUUCGCAGUGGAUACAGCUCAUGGUGCUCAGCAAGCCCACGGCGCCGCAGAGGGCCGCUGUCAUUUCCCAUUUCAUCAGAGUGGCACAGAAGCUGCUGCAGCUGCAGAACUUCAACACCCUGAUGGCGGUGGUGGGCGGCCUCAGCAACAGCUCCAUCUCUCGCCUCAAAGAGACCCAGGCUCACAUCAGCGCGGAGACCAACAAGGUGUUCAACAGCUUAACUGAACUGGUCACAUCCUGUGGAAACUACAGUCACUACCGCAAGCGUUUCUCUGAGUGCUCAGGGUUCAGGUUCCCCAUUCUGGGAGUGCACCUGAAGGACCUGAUAGCGGUACACGUGGCGCUGCCAGACUGGGCGGACAAAGACAAGACUCGGGUCAACCUGACGAAGGCCCAGCAGCUGUACACCAUCCUCCAGGAGCUGGCGCUCAUCCAGAACACCCCGCCUAACAUCGACGCCAACACGGACCUGCUGAACCUGCUCACUGUUUCCCUGGACCAGUACCACACAGAGGAGGAGAUCUACCAGAUGUCUCUGCUGAGAGAACCCCGGAAGACAGCGCAAAACUCCAGCCCAGCCCCCGCCCCUGAACCCACCCCCACUGUGAUCGAUGAGUGGGCUGUGUCAGUGAAGCCCAACGCCGACCCAACCAUCAUCAAGAUACACAUAGAGAAGAUGGUGGAGUCGGUCUUCAAGAACUUCGACACCGACGGUGAUGGGCACAUCUCCAGGGAUGAAUUCGAAGCGAUCAGGAACAACUUUCCCUACCUGAGCAAGUUUGGGGAACUGGACAAGAACCAAGACGGGAAGAUCAGCAGGGAGGAGAUGAUCGACUACUUUAUGAAGGCCAGCUCUCUGCUCAACUGCAAGAUGGGUUUCAUUCACACUUUCACCGAAGCCACCUAUGUGAAGCCCACAUUCUGUGAGCACUGCGCCGGCUUUAUUUGGGGCUUUUAUAAGCAAGGAUACAAGUGCAAAGCCUGCGGGGUGAACUGCCACAAGGCCUGCCGGAGCCGGCUGGCUGUGGAGUGUAGGAAGAGGACGAAGAGCAUCAGCCACGAGACGCCGCCGGCCUUGCAGGCCCGCUCCUACAGCUUCCCCCCACCCGCCAACACUCCUCCCAGCCUGCAGAGCACAGCUAUUGCCGAGGAGGACCUGGAGACGGUGGAGGAAGGAGUAUUUGAUGUCCACCUAUAACCAGGCUGAUCUUUCUUAGUUUUGGAAAAUGCUUAGCCGGCGCAGACGAAGCACGGAAGAUGACGGAAAUGUUUCUCUUACGGGAGACACGUCCAUGCAUGUAGCGACCAGGAUCCCUGUGCUUCAGCUUCAUGACGGUGUCUCCUCAUCCCUGCAGGAGCCUUUCAGUGCGGAGCUGUUCUGACAUGUGGAGCAGCAACACUCGUGGAGUUCACCUUUAAGGGCGUGGCUGGUUCACAGGAUGCCUGCACGGGACUGGACCGGAGCCUGGAAGAGUCUUACAAACCUUUAGGCACUGAGAAUGAACACAAUGCUGCCCCCCGGUGGACGAGUCCUGCACUGACACUCCGUCACUCUGUCAGCCUCUGCAAUGCCAUUCUGUGUUUCUGCAGAACAUCACUGGAUAUUCAGAAUAUUUACAAAAGAAAUCCUUAAAAUUGUGUUUUCCCAGUGAAGUCAGUGUAGUUUGCUGCAGAUUGAUGGUUUUUGUAAAUGAGGUGGUGUUGUUGCUAUUAAGAAGAAUGGAAAACUGCCAACCAGACUAAGCUAUUGUUGCCUUCUAUGAGCUGCUCUGCUUUUCUUUUUUUUUUCUUCUUUGGCUAAUCAUAUUGUUCUGAAAAGCAUUUCAGUGGACUGAUGACCAAUUAUUGUGUCAGAUAAAGAGUAGUUUUGUGUUUUGCCGCCUCAAGUGCAAUGACAACUGCGAUUAUUUUACAGAGGAAAUGGCGAGGAGAGGCGGCGGUGCAGACAGCUGCCAUUAGAGGCGACUUUGAAGGAUGUUCUGUGUGUCGUGUUUACCAGAGUAUCCGUAGCUGUCUUGUGCAUAACGCUGCGGUGUUGUCAGCAGCAGCCGCGCAUGUAGCUGAAGGGGGAAAAACACUGCCGUCUGCUGAGGAGCCCACUCUGCUGUUGAUCCCUUCUUUUGAGUUUAGACUCAAAACAACCAAAAAUCUGGAAAAGGUUUUAUUUUUAGGCAGCAGCUUCAAAAAAUCCUGAGAAUCCUUUCAAUGCAUUUAUUCUGGUUCUGCACGCCUCCUCUGUUGACUGAGCGUUUCUGUUUCUGAGGCUCGCCUGACUCCUUCUUCAUUUAGGAGGCAUUACUGCAGAGAUGUUUGUGUCUUUGUGCCCAAGGAGACAUGAAUACAGACUUGGAGCAGCUGAUUGUUGACUGCUGGCUGAAUGAGGCUCCUCACGUUGCAGGUGUUUAUCUGUGCUGUGAAAGUGGCGCCUCUGAUUGACAGUGUUUGCCCCCCCCCCCCUCCACAAGGAUGUUGUGUUAUUUGGUGGCUCCUAAAUAAUUUAUCAGUAUUAAAUGCAGCAGGCGUCCUACAGAUUUAUGUUGCUGUGAAAGUUUGUUGUGAUUAAAGAGUAACACUGAACAGAAACACGUUUUGUUGUUUUAACAAGAAUCCAGAUCUUUCCACAUGAACAGUAAGCAGUGUUCUGAUAGUCUGUGGGAAACAACGAUAAAGCAUAAAACAAAAUAAAGACUCAAGGAAUGUUGUUGCUACCCGCCCCGCCAGCGGCCGCUUUGACCCUCCUCGCUGGUGAGCAGCUGCUACACGCCCUUCAUCCUCCCCGUUCUGCCUCUACCUCCCUGGUCAGAGCUGCACGGGCUAAAUUCAUAAAAAAAACAAAAAAAAACACUAUUUUUUAACAUGGCUGGUUUUAUCGCCAUGGUAACCAUCUUUGUUUUUGGGUCGCCUGGGAGUGACGGACAGGUCUGUGUAACUUUUAGAAGAAUCUGUAAAAAGGAAAACUUUUGGAUUUUCUUUGGAUACAGAGGAUUUUUGUUAACCUCCCCCACAUUCCUGAUAUGGUCAUGUUUUUGUUUUGGAUUCAUGUAAACAAUAUUCUUUUCAGUGUCCUACCUGCAAAAUGUAACUGCACCCUUUAGCACACGCACCCUUUACCCCACAACAACACACACUCCAACACACACGUGUACCAAACUGAAACUCUACAGCAACUGUUAUAUUUCUGUGUUACUGUAUGGAGCAGAGUGCUGGAGAAUGGCACAGAAAGACUUGACAAAACUCACUAACAUCUACACACAGAAAUUUGAGGAGGAUAUUAAAACACUUUCUGUCCCCAAAAGAUCUCCUAUGAAGAUCUAUUCUCCCGCAGCAAUCGAGAAGACAUGUCAGCAAUUAUCCUUAAAAGACGGACAUGGAUUGGACACAAUCAUAAAGACAACACUACACUGGACACCAGAUGGAAGGAGAAAAAGAGGACGGCCGAAGAUCAGCUGGCGCCGAGCUGAAAGAAUUCGAACACACCUGGGGAACCAUCUACACCUUGGCCCGCGUCCGUCAGAAAUGGAAAGAUUUUGUUGCUGCCCUAAGCGUCUCAAGGCGUAAAAGGCAGUAAGAAGAGAGAAGAACACGCGUACCAAUAAACACACAAGGAAGGCGGGACCUCUGGUCUUAUGCCCCCUACCCCAUCCCUGGUUGGAGGAACCAGCCUCGGCAGCGGUUGUGGUCCUUGGAGACCCCCACUUCUCUUGGAAGUCCUCCUCCUGGGCAGGAGUGGGCGGCCCCUUCCUUGCUCUCUCCUGGACCAACCGUAAGCCGGUUGGGUGGCUACCCUGGAACGUGGGGCGGGUCUCCCUUGGGGAACCCUGGCUGGAGCCUGGUGUUUGGAGGGGGGGGAUGCUCAGUACUCCUGGGUGGUGGGGUGCUCAUCUGACAGAAGUAAAGCCCUUCCUUUUCUGCAAACUUACCUUUGCUCAUUUCGGCCAAAACGUUUCAUUUUAUCCUCAUCGCUCCACAAAAUUUGUUUCCAAAAAUCUAUCAGGCUUGUUUAGGCGUUCAUUUUCAAACUUCAAACGUUGAAUUUCGUGCUGAGGACGUAGAAGAAGUUUUCUCGCACGAAGACUAUUUGUACAAGUAUCUCUUUACAGUAGAACCUUGUAGAACGACUCCAAAGUCUCCUAGGGAGGGUGCUGGCUUUUCUCCCAAUCCUGCGAGCUGCUCUGACGGAAACGUUUCUUGGUCCUCCAGAUCUCAGGUGAACUUUCACUCUUCCCAAUGACGUCAUUUCUUGAUUGAAUUCCGAACAGAGGAUAUUGGCAUCUGAAAAGGCUUUGCUACCUUCUUCUAGCCUUCUUCUGCUUUCUGAGCAUCAACUAUUGUCAGUUUGAGGGUUCUAGACAAACGCUUGGAAGAACCCCUGAUGCUGACCGAGGGGGCAAAGGUCAGAUGACUCAGAUUAUUUCAAAUCUUUGACAUUGAAUUCACCUGGUCUUUGCAAACAAUGAUUUAGAUCAACCCAUCACAGUGUUAAGUCUCAGCUUUUCCAAAGGGGGCGGUGCAUGCUGGAAACUGUUCAGGGGGCCCAAACCUUUGCACACGCCAUUAUUUGGUUUUCUGUUAUUUUUAAAGGCUAAAUGAUGUAAAUAAAGCCUGAUUUUUUUCCU